CCGGCAUGUUGGGUGUUGCUGGAGGUUUCCUGACCUUUUGCUGUGGACAGAAGCAGGAGGAUGAAGAAGGUGACUGGGUGAACAAAGUGUAACGGAGAUCCUGAGCAGUCAUGAGUGUCAGACAUGUUACCUGGAGACCAUUUACCUGUGGACGAGAAGGAAGACGAGAGCAACCAGACUAAAGGUGGUGCGUCUUUUAAAUCGCCACAGGAAAUCCCUUCAGCACGUGACCCUGUUAGCAGAGGAAAUGCCAUCCCCACUGAGCUCAUCAGCACCCAGCCUCUGCCUGCCUCACAGGAGGCACCAGGGCUGAGGAGGCCUCAGUGUGACCCCCAGAAGCCUACAUGCCCACGAUGUGACCUCACGGUCCCAGACCCUCCUCCCGCUCUUCCCCCCAGCCUGAGCCGAGUGCAGGGCUCCAGCUCGUUGGUGCACAGCAGCAGCAGCAGCGGCAGGAGGAGGAACAGGAGCAGGGACAGCGUGGCUAGCUCACAUCAACCUGCAGCUACACUAAGUGACACCUGUUUUAACCUGCUGCUGGCGUGCCUGUCGUGCGAGCUUUCCCUGCUGCCCCUGGGUCUGCUGGAGGCCUGCUACUCCUGUCUCCACCCCAUCUGCUCCUCCUGCUGCCACGCCUGCGCCCGCUGCUGCUCGGCCAUUCAGGAGGCGCCCGUGGAGGAAUUCAACUGCCACGCCCACUGCCACUCGGUCCUGUUCGAGUCCUGCUGCGAGCCAAUCGACUUUCUCGAGUUUUGCCUGGAGUGCUGCGAGAUCUGCCACCACAGUUAGGAAGCAGCUGGACCGCCUUGCCCGAGGACUCAUUUUCAAGACACGUGUGGAGAUGAUGAUGAUGAUGUUGCUUGUGUGAAGGUGUGAACAGCACAAACUACCAUUCUAUGUGAUCACCAAGGUUUCUACUCAUUAUUUUUACACUAUUUGCUGCUAAAAUAAUAAUAACUCCAACUCACAUGAUUAAGAGGAGAUUUGACUUCAAGGCUUCUCACUCUUCUUCAGUGAGGGCAAUAUUGCUUAUGUGCCAGAUGAAGCGCUAA